GACAGAUCCAGACAAUUGGAUAGUAUUAAAAUAAUUAAUUAUAGACAUUAAGGAACAAGAAUAAACUAUAGACGGAAAUUAAAUCGCAUACAAUUCGAAGAUAAUUAAAUAAAAUACAUAGAGCGACUCGAAUUUAGCAGAAUCGACUAGUAAUUGUCCUAGUUCUUCAAAAAUUAAAAUAAAUAUGAAUAAAUGUAGUAAAAUAUGUGUUUAAAGUGCUUAUCAGUAUAAAAUAGUGCCAAGUAUUAAUUAUAUUAUUGAAAACUUAUCGAGUUCUAAGCAAAAAACUUGAAAAAGGUGUGAAAAAUUUGAAAAAAUCAUGGCUGCUUUGAAAAAUUUUAUUAAGAUUACUCAUAAAUAAUAAUUAUCACUUUUGUAGUGAUAAAAAGUCAUUGAAAUCCUUCAAAAAGUGUGUAUUGAGAGUGAAUUAAAUAAAAUAUAAACAUACAGUUCAAUUAUUAGUGGUGCAAAAGUCAAAAAUUUCAUGUUUUCUUCUUGAUACUGGAAGUUAUUAUUUUAGUUUAAUAUUAAUUUUAUAAGCCAGAAAAGAAAAAAGAGAAAAUAUACAUAUAAUUUUUGUAAGAAAACGAAAGAUAUAUAAAGAAGUGUAAUCAUCUGCAGACAUAUAAAAAUCUGGCCAGAUCCAGAUAAGACAUCGACGAUUCUAGUAUGAGGAAUUGAUUUUUUUGCUUGCCAGACUGGACAUAUAUAUACGUAUAACAUACAUGGAAGUAGAUUAGUUGUGAUGAAUAUUUGAAGUUAAUUGAGAGAAAGAGAAGUAAUUGCGUUUCAUGGAUAAGAAAACAAGCAGAGAGAAACAAUAACUAUUAGAUAUCAAAAAAGUGAGAAUAUAUAUUUUGUACAACGAAGAAAAAGUGGCAUUAAGGAUAAAAAGUUUUUCACACAAAUAAACUUAACAAUGGAUUACAAUGAUGGCUAAGGAAUUGCAACCUAAACAUUGAUGACUGAAGCAAGAUAAAGGCCAAAUUAAAUUUUUAAUUAUUUCUGGGAAUUAAGCAAGCUACAAGGCAUAACUAAAGUUUAAUAUCAAAAAAUUUAAACAAGGAUAUUUUCGGACGGAAGGAAGCAGACAGUAAAAGAAAACAAAAUAAUAUUUUCUUAAAUUCAAUUAUUUUUUAUGAAUUAGUCAAUUAAGGAUAUAAAGAUGUCAUUCUUAAAUAAUUUAAAGAAAGUGUUCCACUUGGGUGGUGGAGAGGCAAAAAAGAAGCGCCUUUAUAAUAAUAUUCGUAUGGAUACAAAUCCAAAUGAUUUUUGGGAUAUGAUUGGUGAGCUUGGCGAUGGAGCAUUUGGGAAGGUCUAUAAAGCUCGUAAUAAAGAGACUGGACAAUAUGCAGCUGCCAAAAUGUGUACACUUGAGGAUGAGGAGAAUCUGAGUGAUCACAUGGUCGAGAUUGAUAUUCUCUCGGAAAUACGUCAUUUAAAUAUUGUUGAGUUAUAUGAAGCGUAUUCCAUAGAUGAUAAAUUAUGGAUGCUAAUUGAGUAUUGCGACGGCGGUGCCUUAGAUAGUAUUAUGGUAGAAUUGGAAAAGCCUUUAACCGAGCUACAGAUUGCUUAUACACCGUAUUGGAUGGCACCAGAAUUAGUUCUCUGUGAGACUUUUCGCGAUAAUCCUUAUGACUACAAAGUAGAUAUUUGGUCAUUAGGUAUCACACUGAUUGAAUUUGCUCAAAUGGAACCUCCAAAUAGUGAAAUGUCACCAAUGCGUGUAUUAUUAAAGAUACAGAAGAGUGAACCACCGAAACUAGACCAGCCAUCGAGAUGGACGAAGGAAUUUAAUGAAUUUUUAGCUAAAGUGCUCAUUAAAGAUCCAAAUCAGCGUCCUGACACUGAUGUUUUAUUGACAUUACCAUUUAUAAAUAGAAACCUUGAUCCUAAGCCAAUACGUGAUUUAUUACUUGAAUAUAAUGCUGAUGUUGUUGAAGAGGAGGUGGUUGAUGAAGAAGCUGAGGAGCCCCGCACCCCUGCAAUUCCACUCGACUUGGAUGAUGACUCUGUUUCCGUGCAGUCUCAAGAAACAGAUAAACAACCCGACACUCCAUCAUCCCUCUCGAAAUCGUCCAAUGAUAGCAAAGAGUCAACACCACAACCAACGGAUGAUGUCAAGAAAGACUCGAAAGAGAAUAGUGUUGAAAAGGAAAUCCCUGAACAAGAAAAGAAGGUUGUUAAACGAGAAAAAGGCCCUGCACCACUUCCUCCACCACUUGCACAGCAGCAGCAACAGCAACAAGCGAAAGAAUCCCCAAUAGCAAAAUCACCAACAUCAGUUCCAGAAGAAAAGAAAAUACAGCAAGAAGAAGCACCACCAACUCCAAUUAUUGAAACUCCAGUUACAAAUCUAAAAAUAAUUGAGCAAGGCGAUGAGGAAUCAAUAACAGACGAGACAGUAAAGGAUGGAAUAGAUAGUAAUAAAUCAUCGCCAGUUAAAAGCUCGUCAAGUGAAAUUUUACCUCCUCCACCUCCACAAUUCGCAAAUGAAACCACAUUGGCAACAGAGUCAAAGGUACGAGAUGAGAAAUUAAGUCGUGAAUCGUCAAGAGAAUCAAUGAAGUCGAUUAAGGAUGAUAAUAAUGAUGAAAUAGCGAAGAAAGUACAAGAAGAGAAUAAGAAUGAGCAUAAUAAUAAUAAGAAUGUACGUUCAAUGGUCCAUCAAGACGUUCGUCGCAGUAUGUCUGAUCAGUCGACGUCAUCAGCCACAACUACAAUUCUGCCAACAUCAAAUCUUAAUACAUCAACAAUUACAAUUAAUCAGCUACAAGAUUCAUCGAAUAGUCUCGCCAGUAAUAAUGGAACUCAAGUAACAAUUGUGACAAGUCAUCCUCCAACAAUUUAUGAUAAUACAACCACGGUGACAUCAAGUGGUGGAAAUAAUAAACGAUUAAGUAAAUCACUGUCUUAUGAUACGUCAUCGAUAAGUAAUGAGGUGAUAAUUGUAUCGAAUGACACAAAUAAGACGAGACAUAUUCAAGAAUCAUUAACUGACGAUGACUAUCAAUCAUAUGAUAGUCUCGAAAGCUCACCGAAAUUCAAUAAUAGUAGUAAUAAUAAUAAUAAUAAUGUAAUUAUGAGUGGAAAUAAGCCUCGCCCAAGGAAAUUAGACGAGAGUGAAGUAUUGAUUGUGAGUGCUGAAGGAAUAUUUGAGGAAGAUCUCGUCGAAAUAACCAAUUGUAGUGUUAUUGAUGACGUCAAUAAUAAACAGAAUCAAUUGGACACUAGUCACGUAUCAGUAGUAACUGUUGGCGAUGAGCAAGUGAAAGUUAAAGAUUCAAGUCACUUGCUGAUUGACUCAAAUAGUGAUUUAUCGAAUGCACACAGUGAAUUAAGCGAUGGAAUCGAUUUCGUUACACCUCAUUCGAAAACGAAUGGACAGAUAAUUUAUAACAGUAAACGAAGCAGUAGUUCACGUGAAGAUGAUGUAAAUAUUAUUGUACGAAGUGGUUCUGGUGGUGCGAAUAUCAUGAAAAAACGAAUAUCGCCUGAUAGCUCUGUGGAUUGUUCUUCAUCUAUAACAGAUUCUCCAACACGUGCUCAAAGUGAAAAUGGCUCAAUGAGAUCAUCAAAUCAUGAGAGAUCAAAGCAUACUGGCAUUGCAAUAAAUAGUAGUAAUAAUAAUAAGCAUCCACAUCAGCAGCAUUCUCAUCAUCAAAAUAAUAACGAUCGAAGUGAUGCUGAAAGCAUUUCAACUACAACUAGUCACGAUAGUCGCGAACCGGAAGAUAUGGAAGGCGUUCAAUUGCGACGAAAGGAACCACAAGAUAUUGUCAUUGUACCGCCAUCACCAAAAAAAGCGACACCACGAACAAAAGAGGAAAUUUUGAUUGCAAACUUAAAGAAAAAGACUCGAAAACGUACACGAAAGUUUGAAAUUGAUGGGGUUCAAGUGACAACAACUACCAGUAAAGUGAUCUAUGGUGAUGAGGAGAAUGGACGUCUUUAUGAUGAUCAUAUAUUCCGUAAACAAGAAUUGCGUGAAUUAAAGUUGCUUCAGAAACAAGAAAAGAAACAAUUUUAUGAUUUACAAACGAAAGAACAAAUUGCCAAGGAUCAACAAGAUAAGAAAUUUGAACAAGAACGACUGGCUUUAGAGCGAACGUACGAGGCUGAUAUGGAUGUUCUGGCUAGACAACAUAAACAGACUGUCGAGAAAUAUGAGCAGCAACAAGAAAAUGAACUCAGGAAUACAUCGAAAAAGAUUCGUAUGGAGCAGGAAAGGGAAUUGAAAUUGUUCCGCGACGCAUUGAAGCAAGAGUUAAGAUUACUAAAACAAGAAAUUGACUUAUUGCCAAAAGAUCGUCGCAAAGACGAGUUUAGAAAGCGAAAGACAAGUAUGGAAGUUGAGCAUGAAGACCGUGAAAAACAGUUCCUAGCAAAUCUAUCAGAGCAACAUGAAAUUGCAUUGAGAAGAAUCAGCGAAAUUUAUCGUGAAAAGAUGGCAGCAACUGAAAAGAGCUAUUUGCAACAGAGACAGACUGCAAUGAGGACGCGUGAAGCAAUGUUGUGGGAAUUAGAAGAGAAGCAUAUUCACGAGAAGCAUCAACUAUCAAAGAGACAUGUUAAGGAAUUGUGCUUUAUGCAACGUCAUCAGAUGAUUAUUAGACAUGAAAAAGAGCUCGAUCAAAUUAAAAAAAUGCUACAACGUAAAGAAGAAGAGCUCAUAAAGCGUCAGACAAUAGAGAAACGUGCCCUGCCGAAAAGAAUUCGAGCCGAGAGGAAAGCUCGCGAUAUGAUGUUCCGCGAAUCUCUACGAAUAUCAAUUCAUCAUGAUCCAAAGGCUGAAGAAGAUAAAAUUAAAAAGUUCCAAGAACAAGAAAAGAAGCGGUAUACGCAAGAGCAACAACGCUUUGAAACGAAGCACAUGAAGCAACUAGAAGAACUGCGAGCAAACUGUGAUUCAACAAUAAGAGAAUUGGAGCAGAUGCAAAAUGAAAAGCGAAAAGCAUUACUCGAACAUGAAAGUGCCAAAUUAAAAGAAUGCGAUGAAGCGCUCCAAAGAGAAAUGCGCGAAUGGAAAGCCAUGCUUGUACCUAGAAAACAGCGAGUAUUGGAUGAAAUAUCACGACAAAUUGAUGAUUAUGAAUUUAAAUAUGGACCGUGCGAUCGAUCAGACUUUGAUGGAGAAUUUUUCGUACCAGUUGAAGUAAGAAAUCGAGUCAAUAGCUCAAAAGGCUCAUUACGUAUACAUGGUGGUUUAUUGACAAUUUCACGUUCGCGUACAUUCUUGACAUUAUCAAAUAAUAGCAAGACAUCAAUACAUAAUUCUACGCCCGACUUGACACGUUCAGUUCCAAAUACGCCAGGAUCAAGUCAUAAAUUAUCAUUGACAUCGUCAUAUGACUCAGUUUUAGAAGAGAAUGAGGAUGAAGGUGUAAUAAUUAUCAAGAAAGGAAAAGAAAAGAAAAAGAAUGGAAAAAUGUAUCAUAAUUCUGUUCAGCAUAUCUUUGAUAAUGUUCCAAUAAGACGAAAAUCUGAAGAUUUUCUUGAUUCACGCUCAACAAGUAGUAGCAAUAGUAAUCAUAUGGAAGCUGUUCAACGACAGCAACAGCAUGUAAGACAAAGCUCCGAUCAAGCGUAUCGCUUAAUUCCGAGAGUUAAAAAGCCAAUGGCUGAAAUAUUGGCAAAUCGUUCGACAUAUGAAAUUAAAGAGUCGUCAAAUUUCACAGCUUCAACAUCGAAAUCGUCAGCAUCAUUAAGUUCGGAGGGUGCUGUAAAUUAUACUCGAUGGGGUCACGUAAGAGGUUCAAAUUCAUUUGCUGCCGACCUUAAUGCAUCGAAUUUAUCGACUUACACAAUUCCAAGAGUCACAUUGACUCAUCAAAGAGCUCAAUCGAGUGAUCCGUCUUAUAAAGCUGGUACAUCGAGGAAAUCACUUCCGGAAAAUCGAGUUUCGUCCACAUUCGUCAUGAAACAUGAUAUUAAGGAUUCAACAGCUUGAAAGAAUUAAUAAUUAAUAAAGUAGACAUUCCAAAGACCUUUUUCAUCAAUCCACAUUAUAUAAAUAGUUGUUGCCAUGUUUUAGUUUAUAUUUAUUAUUGAAUUUAGUUACCAAUAGUGCAUCACUAGCUGAUGACUAUACA